GUCUACAGCCAGAUCGACGAUCUCCGGCUGCCAGGGCGGGUCGCCACGGACCGACCCUGCCCCAGCCUCGGCAGCCUGGCUGCCGAACCCUGGUCCACCAUCAAGGUGCACUUUGACGAACACGCGGGCAGCGUGCUAAUGGAGGAGGUGAUCGUCAGCUGGCUCAGGAAGACUCCCCGCGGAUACCGUGCCAUCGUCGGUCUGCUACCUACCAUCGCCCUCCAGAGGGCCAAAUGCUCGAGGGAGUGGAGCGACCACGUGGCGCAGAUCCGGAAGCACGACCCUACCUUGGCGGCCAUCAAACUCCAGCUCCGCGAUUCGGACCCUGCCAGGUCCAAGAAGUUCGCAGAGGCACAGGCCGCGAAGGAACAGGUCGCAGCCGCUAAGGCCAGACAGGCACACCAGGAAGUGGGUACCAACGCCAACAGGCCAGAGACCCUGCGGGCGACCUUGGACACGCAGGCGCCUUUCGAGGCUCAGUUGGGCCAGUGGCUGAAC